GUGAACUUUGCAAAAUGGUGUUUGACUUUUCAGAUUGUUUACAAGCAGUUUGUAAAGCAAAUAAUUACGAUUUUAGUGGUUCCUGCAUGUUUGUGUGUUUGUUUAUUUGUGUUGAAUUUAAUGAAAAUGCAAAAAUUCACAUUAUCUAAUGUGUUUUUUAAUUCGAAACGAUAAAAUAAGACAAUUUCAUGACCCACUUGUUGCGUUUAGGUUAUGAUGUUAUAAACAAAGCUAUGAUGUUUCUAAAAGUACGCUUUAUCUCAUAAAAUUUGUUUUUUAAUCAAAAUAAGGAAUGGAGGCACCUGGAUUGAGCCUUUUCCAGGCCUCAGACAUUAUACAAAUUGGUACAAAUACUAAUCCAGGACAGGAAGAAGAGGAGGAGCAGGAAGAUUUCAAACGACGUAAUGAAGAGAUAAAGGAUCUCUUAACGGGAGCAUUUGACGAUUUGGAGGAAGACGACGCCAGUUCGAUAAACAGUAGUCACUAUCAUGACAAUUCUCACUACAGUGAUAAUACAAAUUCGGUGAUAAAUUCAUCGUACCAACCAAAUUCCCAUGAGAAAGGACCAACCGUUUCACAAUUGCAAAAAGAAUUCGGUGUCUAUACUCACAAUGAUGAUUCCUAUAAUCAUGAAGCAUCAUCAUUUCACGAAACAACACCCGAUGGAAUACUACGAAAGAAUCUCCCCGAUAUUCAAAAGGAAUUUGCCUUACGUGAUUCGCCAUCAACACCAUUUGUAAAAAAUAAUCGAACUAAAAGCACCGAGAAGAAUGCGACAACAAAAACUGAUUCACCAUACGAUUUACCACUUCCAACAAAUGUUGGUGGAUUCAAUCAUGAACGUCGUGCGCAAAUUAAUGACGAUUAUUCCUAUCGCAAUAAUUAUCCCUACAAUUAUGACACUCCAUCAAAUCAUUAUGACGAGGACAAUAAUUUCUCGAACAAUGGUUAUAUCGAUGGAUACGAUGAAAUCCAUCAAACAAAUCAAAUAAGUGAAUACGGCGGCGGUGGUGAUAAUGAGAGAGCGUCUGAACAUUUUAAUCAUUGCUAUGAGACAAGUCCAAAUGGAAGACCAUUGGACGAUCGUAGUGCGUACAAGACUGCCGAGUAUAAUAGUAAGGAGCAAUUGGAGGUUUUGUAUUCGGUGAGAAUGAGAGAAAUUCAACGAUUGACGGAAGAUUUACAACAAUUACGCUUGGAGAAGGAAGAUGAGAAGAAUCAGCUGAGCAGGAGAUUAGCCCUUGCGCAAGCUGAAACUGAGAGAUCAAAUUUAUCACGAAAUCAGGCUCAAAAUGCUCUUGUGGAUGCAAAAGCUGAAAUUGCAAGCCUUCAAGGACAAGUGAAAUCCUUAAAGGACAGAACGACUAUUUUAGAAAAAACCAACGAGAAGCUUACCGAUGAAUUGUCAGAAGCGAGAGAUUUGGUUUUUGAUUUACAACAAAAAAUCUCCGUUCUCGAGAGAGUGCAAUCACUUCAAGCAAAUGAUAAAACGGAGGCAAAAUUUCUGGAGCAGGCUCAAGAGAAACAUGCCAUCGAGGUGAAAAAUAUGCAGACACAAAUUGAUGUACUUACUGACAAAUUAAAAGCGAAGGAAGAAGCUUAUAAGUCGUUCGAAUACAAAUUGGAGGACAUGAGGAGAGCACACGAAGCACUUAUGGUUGACAAAGCAGACACAAUGAAUCGUUUGACGCAAGCAUUGGAAGAAAGUCAAACUCAAUGUCAUAAUUUAAUGGCAAAUAAUAAGGGUCAAGAGUCUUUAAAAUUGCAAGCCGAAUUAAAUUUGGUAAAUCGACAAAAGGAUCAACUCGAGAAAAUAAUUGACGAUUUAAAGCAUAAAUUAGAAGUAGCCAAAAGCGAUGCAGUGCAAUACGAUUCAUUACUCAGUUUGACAAUGGAAGACGAAACAGAUUCAAUGCGACAAUUGAAAUUAGGCGAAAUUCACAAUAAAUCGAAGAGUAAACCUAGUGACGACGUGACAAAUAAACUAAGAAGUGAAUUACAAAGAUGUUUAGCUGGACAGGCAGUGAAAAGAAAGGAGAUCAAUCGACUAGAAAAUACUCUAUCGCAAAAGGAGAAAGAGCUCGAUAGAGCGACAACUGUCGCGGAAACAUGCCGUCAAGAAGCCGCACGCUUUGCAAAAAGAGUCAAUGAACUCGAGAUUGAACUCAAAUCAUUAUUAACGGAUCAAGCAGCAAAGGCAAAUACUGAAAUAAAAAAAUUGUCCACCCAUUUGAGUGAAGUGAGAAAACAAUAUGAAACAUUAAAAGCGGAGAAAUAUGAGGUCGACAUGAGAUUAAAUGAAGCAUUAAAAGACAAUGAGGAGAUUAUUUCGAAAAUUCGUCAAGACACUUUAGCGCAAUGCGAAAAAGAAGCUGUCGAUGAAUUCAAUAAGGAAUAUCUCGAGAUUCACGAUAAAGCUGUAGAAAGAGUUCGACAGGAGGCACAAUGUGAAAUAGUGCAAUUAACAGUGCAAUUGGAACAGACGCAAAAGGAAUUGGAUCGAGUCAAAGAACUGUACAUAGAUGUUUGCGGAACAAAAGAGCAACUUAUAGCGGAUCAUAAAAAUGAAAUAGAAAACCUCAGAGAGGAAUAUAGUUGUAUAGAAACGCGAAAGCAAGAAUUUGAAAAGACAUUUAAGGAUUUAGAGACACAGACAAAAGUUACCGAAAGAUUGACAAAGGAAUGUGAAAGCUUUAGAAACAGAGUUACCGAAUUAGAAAAAGAUUUAGCGUGCGAGAGAAAGAGGAGAGAUGAGCACGUUAAAAAAAUACACGUCGAAAUUGAACGCGCAAAAGAAGAGGCAUUAAAAGAAUUACGAAAUUCACAUCCCGAUCAUCAGAUAAGUCUCCUUCUUCCUGACUGUUCCGAACAUUUGGAUAAAAUAACACAGCUCGAAGAUGAUUGCAAGCGAUUGGAGGAGAAAUUAUCAGCGGCAAUGGAGGAGCAAAAGAGAAUGACGGAUUUACAGACAGAAUUGGAGAAUAUAAGACUGAAGCUCGCCCAGGUGGAAAUUUCACAGGAAUCAUGGAAACAAAAAUACGAGAAGGCAGUGUCCGAUCAUAGUCAAUAUCGAUCAAAAAUAUCAAAAUUAGAAAAUGCCUUGUCGAAUUCGAGAAAAAAUUCAACACUAGAAGAUUCGAAUGAUAAAAUGCUCACUAGUUUGUUACAAACGGAAAAUGAAACAUUAAAAACAAAAUGCGAGAGUCUUGCCAGUGAAAAGAGUGUAUGCAAGGAGAAUAUCACAAAAUUAGAAAUCGAUCUCUCCGAGGCAAAGAAGACAAUUUCAAAUCUCGAGAGUAAAUCGAGAAGAAGUAGCGAAUUGAAAAAAGAAUUAUCAAGGUAUAAAGACAUAGUCGUUCGAAACGAAAAAACCGAUUCCACAAUUCUCGAAGAACGAAUAAAAUCUUUAGAGAAAAAUUUAGAAAUAAAAGAACAAAAAUUACAGCGAUUAAAAGACCUGGAGAAAAUAAAAGAGGACAGAGAUUAUCUAAUAGUAAAAUUAAAGAAUCAAGCUCAACAAUUUGAGCAAUUUAUCAAAAAUCAAAAGCAAGUAUCGGCAGAAUUAAAUCUUUCGCCUCGUAGUUCAAACGAUUAUACGGACAUACAGAAAAUCAAGGAGAUAACAACAAGGGAAGUGCGUGAAGAAAUGGAACAACGCGUUGCCGAAGAAUUGAAGGCAAUUGAGAAGAAACAACGGCAAAGUCUCAAGGAAAUUGAGGAGAAAAAUCGACAGAAACAAAAAGAAAUUGACGAUAAAUAUAAUCGUUUACUUCUCGAUUUACGAAUGAAACUUUGUGACAAGACAAAGGAAGCGGAACAAUUACGUGAAAUGAUGCACGCGGAAAAAAUGAAAUUACACACAUCAUUUAAAGUGCAAGAGCAAAAAGUCACACAAAUGAUUGAGGCAAAACUCGAAAAGUUUAAUCAAGAACUUUUAUCGCGAAAAUGGCAGAUUCAUGAAUUACAGGAAAAAUUGAAAUCAAAGGAGAAUGAUGUUGAAGAUGAGCGCAAUACAAUGGCGCAAGUUAUGACUGAAUGGGCUGCAGAAAUACGUGAAAUUAAAGCAAAGGAAGUUGAGGCUACAGAGGAAUUGAAAAAAAUCAAGGAACGUGAUGAUCGAUUGAUUGCAGAAAUUAAGGAACUUAAAGAAAGGGAAAAAGAAUUGCAAAUGAGUGUUAAAAAUUGGAAUAAAAAAUAUCAGUCAGCUAAGGAAAGUGCAAAUAAUUAUAAGGAAUAUGCGUCGAAGAAGGAGAAAUAUUUUCACGACGAAUGCAGACGUUUGGAGGAGGGCUACAAUAAGGCAAUGAAGGAAGUGGACCGAAAAGUCGAGGCAGAAGUGUCAUUGCAGAAAGAGCAGGUAGCAUUAAAAGUAAAAGAACUCGAGAGUCAAUAUGAGGAGGAGGUAGAAAAAUUGCAACUUAAAAUGAAGUACAAAUAUAAAUGUUAAAUAAUGUAUGAAAGAAGUGAAAGAAAAAAAAACUAUUAGCAUGCAAUAUAGCUUUUUUGUAGUUUAGGGUAAAUUGUAGUUAGAAGAGGCUGUUGAGGCUAGUUACGUUAUUAAUUUAAAGCACUUCAUUGUACAACACUUGAAAUAGGCGGUUUUAUUCUCAAUGGGACCAGUGAGUCAAAAGAUUAAAAAAAAAAUUUUUUUUUAAAAUACUUUCGAUUUUACUCUGGCGAAAAAAUAAUAAGCUCUCUAAUUUUGUAGAUAAUAAACAAACCAAGCAGUCAUCACCGGUAUUAUCGAAAGUGAGAUUUUAAUGUACAAGUUUUUCUGUAUAAUAUCCAAUAGAAAAAACUCGGUGUUAAUGUAUAAUUAGAAAUUUAUCUGAGGAAGAACUCUUGAAGUAAUUUUUCUCAACGCGUUAUUGUAGAAAUUAAAGAAUUUUUUUUUCUUUUUUUUUUUGAGAGAGAGUUGACGUGGCUAUUUUUUUUGUAUAUAUUAUUUAAAAGAAAAAUCAAAAAAAUGUUUUAAAUUAUAUACGAAUUAGUUUAAAAAUAGUAUUUUCUAUUUUCGCAGAUUAUUAUUAAUUAAUGAAUUAAUUAAUAAUGAAAAGAACAUUAUUAACAUUAUGUUGCUCUCGAUCUCUUUUUUUAUUUUACAUAUACAUAGUUUUACAUGACAUACCUAGAAAUAAUAUUAAAUACCAUAAACACCAAGAUUAAUCUCCAAUUUAAUUAAUCAGUAAUUAAACAUAACAAAUACUACAAAUACUCGAGUCAUUUUUGUAUUAUUUUUUGUUAAUUUAAAGAUUUAAAUAGAGCAGAAAAUACUCAUAAUUGCUAAAAUUAUCUUUGAGAUUUGAAUUUAAAUGUUUGUUCACUAAAAAUGUGUAUAAAAAAACGAAAAAGACUUACGACGAUUUUAAGAAAAGUAAAGCAAGUACAAAAUAGAUUUUAGACUUUUAAAGAAGAAAAAAAAAUGUUACCUCGAAAAUAAAAGUUGAGAAAAAAAAAAAAA